GCGGUGUCGCGCGCUGCCCGCGUCCGGCAUGGAGGGCGCCGCGCACUGCUCGCUGGAGACCAAGCGCCUGCUCCUGGACCCCAAGUUCGAGGGCUACAAGCUGUCCCUGGAGCCGCUGGCCUGCUACCAGCUGGAGCUGGACGCGGCUGUAGCAGAAGUGAAGCUUCGUGAUGAUCAAUAUACCCUUGACCACAUGCGUGCUUUUGGCAUGUAUAAUUAUCUUCACCUUGACUCCUGGUACCAGGAUAAUGUUUACUACAUUGACCAAUUUGGAAGGGUUAUGAACUUGUCAGUGACUCUGGACACUGCUCUGCAAAAGCCAAGAGAAGUUUUCAGGCUACCUACAGAUUUGACAGCUUACGAUGAUCGCCUUUGUGCCUCAAUAUACUUCUCGUCUUCCACAUGGGUUACCAUUUCUGAUGGAACAGGAAGACUAUAUUUAAUUAAGUCAGGCAAACGUGGAAACAGUGCAUCGGAAAAGUGGGAGAUUGUGUUUAAUGAAGAACUAGGCAGUCCAUUUAUUAUAGUACACAGUGUUUCAUAUGUAAAAUCUGAUAAACAUUCAGUAGCCGUGCUGCUGCUUAGGGUAGAAAAAGAUGAGUUGGACACAAAAGGAAGUGGAUUUCAUAUUACUUUGGAAUGGGUUACACUUGUGGAGAUGAGCAAAGCGGAUGAACAUAGGUAUGAAAUCUACAAAAGGAGAAUUUUACAGGGAAAAUCGGUCCCCCAUUAUGCAUCAAUAGAGCCAGGUGGAGAUGGUCUAAUGAUUAUAUCCUACAAACCAUUCAAAUUUGUACAAGAAAAGGAAGAAAUUUUAGAAGAAAAUGACGAUAAGAAAACAACAAAUGAAAAGAAAGAUCCUCUCUAUUACUGGCAACAGACUGAAGAUGAUCUGACAAUAACAGUUCACAUUCCUCAGGACGUCACUAAGGAUGACAUAAAAGUACACUUUUCCCCUGACAACAUAUGUGUUACAUUGAAAGACCAGCCUGCUUUGAUGGAAGGAAAAUUAUAUUCAUCUGUGGACCAUGAAAGCUGCACUUGGAUAAUUAAAGAGAACAAAAGCUUGGAAAUUUUUCUAAUUAAGAAAAAUGAGGGACCACGAUGGCCAGAGCUAAUAGUUGGUGACACAAAAGGGGAAUUUGUUAUGGAUUCUUCCCAGUGCGCUGAAAUAAGUGAGUCUCUGAUGCAUCUGACUUCUGAAGUAAUGAAUCCAGAUCCUGAAAAGGAAAAUCCACCUUGUAAUGCACAAGAAUUAGAAGAAUGUGAUGCUUUUCUUGAAGAUGGCGCAAGUUUGUGCAGAUUUGAUGGCAAUACCUUGAAGGUUACUCAUGUAAUUAAUCUUGGAAGCAAUCAGUAUCUUUUCUCAGUUGUUGCGGAUCCCAAAGAAAUGCCUUGUUUCUGCCUGAGACAUGAUGUUGAUGCUCUUCUCUGGCAGCCCCACUCUGAUCAGCCACAAAACAUGUGGGAACACAUUGCAACUUUUAAUGCUUUAGGUUAUGUUCAAGCAUCAAAACAAGACAAGAAGUUCAUGGCUUGUGCCCCAGACUACUCUUAUGCUGCCCUUUGCGAGUGCUUGCGGCGAAUUUUCAUCUAUCGCCAGCCAACUCCUCUGUCCACAGUUCUCUACAACAGGAAGGAAGGAAGACAAGUAGGACAGGUUGCUAAGCAGCUAGUAACAACUCUGGAAGCCAACAAUCCAAUCUUAGGCUUUCAGGCUACAAAUGAAAGGUUAUUUGUUCUCACAACAAAAACCUUGUUUUUGAUAAAAGUGAAUGCUGGAAAUUAAUUAGUAUAUUUUGCUGUAGUUCAUGUUUAUUUGUUAAAGAAAUGGCCAGGUAAAUAAUCUGAGGAGUUCAGUACAUUUUGCUGAAGUUUAAAAUAGAGAUACUUUGCAGGGGAAACAGAAUUUUUUCAUUAGAACUUACAGGUAAGUCAGUGAGAGUUUUUCAGCUUCACUGUUGCUAAACUAAGCUUUUUUGGAGAUGAAUAAAAAUGCCUUGCCUGCUAGCAGCUUUCUAGAGACUGCUGCUUGCAUAAGAGAAUAGAUUUAUGCAUUUCUUUUUCCAGUGACCACUUGCUGGACUUCUGAAAUUUGAGAACUCACUUCUGAUUUUAACUAAUAGUUUUACCUCUGAAAAAAGUCAUCAGAUAAAGAAAAUACAGACUUGUGUUACAAGCAUAUAGUGUGCAAUGUAAGGAAUUGUAUGUGGUUAAAAGAAAAAGUCCAAAUUCACAUACUGGCCAAAAAAUAGUUUAACUCAAGUGGAAUAAUUUUAUUGUAUAUCCAAAUCAAUAGUGUAAAAUUCUGUGACUUACACAUGUUCGUAAUGGAAUCUAUUCACAUUUUAAGAGAUGCUGAAAUAAUUACCAGUAAAAUUUUCUUGAAACUGAAUAGGAGUGAAUGCAUUCAGUUGCUGGUGUUGAUAUGAUUAAGAAUACAGUAAGACUUUGAUUCAUACCAUUCAAUGUGUUAUUUUCAUUUCAAGAUGUACUUAAAUGACUAAUUUACAAUUAGGAAACAGCUAACAGAAAAUGCACCUGAAUUGUAACCUGAGAUGGGAAAGUCAAAGGUUCAGCUGCUGCCUUAAAUACCACCACAAAUAAUGUCACUUUUUAACUGUUCUGUACCCAGUGCAUAAGUCCAGAUGUGGUAUGUGUCCAGUGCUAUUGUGCACAGACCAUGAGGAUGCUUUAAAGUUGCUUUUUACCAAACAGGAGUGGAUAAUUUUGUUGAAAAACUGUUCUUGAAUAUUUUUUUCUUAUUUUAAAGUGAUUGUGUCAAUAGAAUUAAACCAAAAUGGGUCAGUUUUGACAAUUCCACCUCCUCUCCAUUUUUAUUCUCAUAGUUUACUUACAGCUCUAUAGCAAAGGAUGUCUAAUGAGUAGAUUUUGUGCUGUUAAAAAAGCUGCUUUGUUCUGUGGUACCAGAGUACUGAGAAACACAGUGAGUGUCCUGGGAGUUUGCAUCUGUUAAUAUUAUUUCCGACCUCUGCAAGAAUAUAUUGAGAAGAAAAUGUCUUCUUUUUUAUUACAGACUACAAAGUUCUUGAUUUUAAUUGUUUUCACUUGCCCAUAAACUCUGCAGAUUUGUAUCAGUGAAAUUGAUUAAAUGGUAUGGUGGGAAGUUGAGAGGGAGAUAAGCAGUUGUCGUGCAGAAGAAAAAUAAAAGAAAAACCCUCCAAAUUCAGCUUUCCGGGGAGCCUGAUUUUUCUCCAUUUUAUGUCAUUGUUAUUUUGUAUAUUCAUUUGUGAAAAGUUUUUUGUUAUCUGGGUGUGUUAAAAUGGAUUCCAACUGCAGACCUUCACUUCUCAUGCAUUUUUGUUUAAACUGUCUUGGAAAUACUUGUUAAAAAGCCUCAGUGAAUGUAUGACUUUUAUAACUUUUGCGACUCAAUUUCAUGUUGAGUAAUAAUGCCAAACAGACAUGGUAGAAAUCAUGUUGCAGUCCAUGCAGCUGAUUAUUUUCCAGUAUAAAAUAAGUGCAUUGAGAUUUAUAUGAACAUUACUUAGUAACCCUAGUAUAGAUGAGAAUUUCAGGUCUUUAUGAAAUUCCUUCUUGAUGUGGCAUACGUUUCUGGAAACAUACUUCUGUUGUCUUCUGGAACACCUGAAGCAAAGUCAAGUAAAAUAAUCAGCUCUUCACAGACUGUUAUAAUCUGUAAUGACUAAAAAUAUGCUUCCCCAGUGUGUCCAUUUCAGGGGAUUUCUCAUGGAACAACUGAACGUGGGGAAAGGUUCAUCCCAUGUUCCAUGUUGCUCGUGUGUUCAUGAUUAUGAUGUUCUCAGAAAGGAUUUAUCAGUCUCUUUCAUUUUGCUUUCUCUGUGAGUUAAGGACAUAGUAAAAGAUUUUCUGCCUUGAGGAACUGUGCAUGCUAUUGCAGAGCAAGCUGCUAUAAUUAAAUGGCUGCAAGCCACAGGGAGACGCUUACUAUCAGCAUUUCCAUUUCUGUGUUCAGUUAAUUUUAAGGCUUAUUUGUUUAGCGUAUUAUUGUGGGCACAUACAAAGUAGAGAAUUGGGAUAUUUAAGACACAGUUUUCUGAGAACCAUUCUUUUUUUUUUUUUUUUAUGAAACUUCAAGAAGUAAAAUCCUACAUUUUAAGAUGGUGCUUUCUGAGAUGUCCCAAUCACAAUUUGUUUACAAAAUUUCUGAGAAACUAUUGGACUAUUAAAAACUUGUGUUAUUUAUUUCAGUGUACUUUUGCAGUGUUUCACUUGGCUGUGUAUUUGGAAUGUAUCGUGUAUACUUCUACAAGUUUAAACAAAAAAAUACCAAAUUUAAUAAUAAAAGUUUUUUAAUUGUUUUGAA